GGCACCCUGCUGAGUAUCCAGCACUUGCUAUUUGGUAUUUUAGUUGGGGUUGCAUUUUUCUGGUCACAGUGAAUUGCAGGAGACCACUAUCCCAGGUUAAUUAUUUUUUCUAACCUGUUACCUUUAUGGAUUGAUUAUGAAUACUUUGUACGAGAGAGAUCUUUUGAUUCUUCCUGGCGGGGCAAUAACGAGUCAAGAACACAGGAACGCAGCACUCGCAUAAAUGAGUGGUGUUGGUUGCAUUUUGUGUGGCAUGCCAAGAGUGCUGUGCUUGGGGAGUGGCCAGGUGAAUAGUUAUUAGAGCUGCAUUCCAUAGUCACUACUCAGGAAAAACACACACAGUUCUGGCUGCAUAAGGACUUCAAGUUUGGGCCAAUUAAUUAUUCUUUAUGGAUCAGUAAAAAGGGCUCCAUGUUCUCUAAGAAGAUUUUCAAUGUGUCUCCAGUUUGUCUCUGAAACUCUUUCAGAUCCUAAUGUGGAUGUUAUUAGGGAAGAUUAUUCUGGGGACAGAACAAAGUGUGGCAGGUGCUUUUACGUUUUAAUGUGGGCUGCUCAGUUUCACUUCUAUGGGCCACUGAGACCUUCCAUCUCUCUGUUCACAUUACUCAGUGCUUGCUGAGCUUUGCGCAAGGAGCAAUGGACAAGGAGGAGGUAGGAAGUCCAUUUACGGAGAUGUAAUUUGGUGAUACCUGAAGGCGUCAAACAGGAGCUGAAAAACAAACCGGUAAAUUCAUGCUGCAGGCAGAGAAGCUGCUUUGGUGUGAUCUUCGGUACAAGGACUGAAGAUGAUGAAGGUUUUGGGCCUUGUUCUCUGUGGCCUGCUGAUGCCAAUGCAAGUUUCAGGCACAGGACGCUGCAUUAUCCCUCAAGAGUCAUAUGAAAGGGCUUGUGAAGAGUCAGUAACUGGCCUCUUCCGGCAUGAAAUGGAGACACUCAAAUUCCCAGGAUCAACAAUUACCUUAAUUGCUAUCAAUGGGUUGCAUGUUGCUAAAGCCAUUGUGCUCCCAGUGAAAUCCAAGUACAUUCCUGGAGUUGGGGUCAAGGUGAAAUUUUCUGCUAAACUCAAAAUCCUGGGCACUUGCUGGUCUAUCCUCUUAUCUGGCCUGACCACUAUCAACGUGCAUGUAGACUGUAGUGCGCUCGUUCUGCUGCCUAAGUAUUUGCCGCUUACCACCAGCGUUGCCGUCAAGGAUUGUCAAUGUGCGAUGGUUCUCAAGGACAUCAGUAUCAACUUGCUCGAUAUCCGGGCGAGCGUGACAGCCAGCCUAGGGAACAACAUUCUACUGGCGUUACAAGUCAAGACCCCGACGAUACUUUCGGCUUGUAUUUCCUUCGGGCAUUCAAAGAUGCUGAGUGAGAUUAACUCUGUACUCCCAUUUGAGAAGGGAAAGCUCCUGUAUGUGGCUCAAACUCCAAAAGUAAAUGACCGGUUCAUUGAAAUUCCUGUACAGACGGAAUACCUGGCUGACGAUGGGAAGAAGAUCCCCAUUCCACCCCUCCCGGAGAACUUUGUGAUAUUGCCAGAAAUGAAUCAUACAUCUGAGGCCAUAGGGGAGAAUGUCAUCACUUCUAUCUUCUCCUACACAGUCUUCAAGAAACCUCAUUCCUUCUCUUGUACCCCUCAAACGUUUCUUGACACUGUCUCCCUGGAGCUGAUCCUCUCUGAACUGAUUGUUUCCAAGUGCCCAACCUGCACUCCAAUCUCUUCUUCGCUGUUCAUCAUUACCAAAAUGGUCACACCUCUGACGGUCGGUCUGGAUGUGAACCUGUGCACCAUGAAUCUCACUCUCAGCCUGCAGAUAAUGGAUAAAAAGGGAAACAAGAAACCUGUGCUCCUCGUUGCUUUGAAAGCAGAACUUGGUUUGGUUGCCACUCUCCAGCUGGUUGAAGGAAAGGUGCAAUUCACUGCAUCCCUGGACAGAUUGCAUUUCAAGCUGCUUUCCUCAAUCGUGGGCCCUGUCAUUAUUGUACGUCUUCAGGCGCCUUUGAGAGCCUUCAUCACGAAAAUUAUACUAAAGGAGAUCAACUUUUACCUCCACUUAGCAAAAAUCCCAAUAUUUAGAGCACCAGGACUGAAGCCCAGCUUUGCUCAUUGCCACCCUUCUAAGCACUGUCUUGUGUGCCAUAAAAAACUCCAUAAAGGGUGAUGUACCAGGCGAGUGUGGUGCUGACUCACCUCUGACACCGAGGAGAGAGAAGAAAGAGUGGCACAAAUGAGGAGGCUUAAUUCAUGUUCCUUUUUCCAAAAUUUUGAUUCAAGCUUUUUACUUUGGGGAAAAAUUGCCACAUCUGCUAUGGAAUUUCAGCUAAAGAACGGCCGUAGAUCUGAUAGUCUCCUUGUUACUUGGAUUUACUAUUUUUCAAAUCAAAUCUGUCUUGAGUGAUAAGUUUCAGGGAGGGUUUGGGAUUGUGGUUAUUAUUCUAUUAGUUUCCUUUGGUUACUCUGUUAAUAAAUCAUUCUUCUUAGCAUGCCUGCUGUGUUCAUUUCACCCCACUGCAGGAUUCGGUUCCCUAUUUGAGAAUUCAUACUGCUCUCCACCCCCACAUAAGAUUUGUGUAUUAGUAAUUCAUUCCAUCUGCUGUUCUUCAUUGUCCAGUGCAUAUAGGUUAUACAUGAACUUAUACACACACCACAUUAAUAGUUAUGUGCAUGGUAUUAAUAUUUGAUUUAUAUGUGUGUGUUGGGUGAUCAUGCUAAACUCUAUUAUUCUUGCUCGCUUAUGCUAAGGCAUAUGUCCCACAGUGCUCUGGGACAUGUAUGGUUUAGGCGAAUACACAAACUAUCCAAAGCUAGAUGGACGAAUGUUCUAAACAUAGGAGCAAUGUGGCAUAAGGAAAUCAUGGAAGCUGUAUGAAUGCUUUG